AUGGCUGCUAGCAUGAGAAAGAAAUAUGACAAAUAUUGGGAGAAUAUUAAAAAUAUCAAGUUUUUGUUGUAUGUUGCUGUUGUGCUAGACCCUCGUUAUAAAUUGAGAUAUAUCAUGUUUUCCUUUAAACAAGUUUAUGUGAAUUCCAAGGCAGAAGAACUAACAGCAAUGGAGAAGGCAACAUUAACAAAAUUAUAUAAGCACUAUCUUCAAAAGGAUACUAGUGCUAAUGUUGCAAAACCUAGUGUAAGUCAAACUUUUGAGAUGGAUGUUGAUGAUGAGGAGGAAGAUGCUAGCAAGUUAUUUGCCUUUCAAUAUAAGAAACACUUGGAGGAGGCAAAAAGUUUGGAGAAUAAAUCUGAAGUGGAUAGGUUUCUGACAAAAAAUUGUGAGGGUCUAGGCAAUGCUAAAUUUGAUAUUUUGGCAUAA